AGGGAUGGCGAGGAGCGCCGCUGUGAAGGAGGGGAGGCAGAGUGUCGUGCAGUGGUGGAACUGGCACGGCACGGACUUUCCCGAGCUCGCCACGCUUGCGUGCCGCGUACUCACACAGCCUGUGUCGGCGGCAGCAUGCGAGCGCAACUGGGCCGUGUGGGAGUCGGUCCACACGGCCAAGCGCAACCGCUUGGGGUCGGAAAAGCUCAACGAUCUCGUGUACGUUGCGCACAACUGGAAACGUUUUGCGUAUAUACGCUAGCGUACUAAACGCGAAACGCGUUU